UGAACUGCGGACCCUCGCGUUUGGCUGCGACUGAGGCCAUGAUGAGAUGUUAAAAACAGGCUGAGAGACAAAAACAGAAGAGCAUUGAAACAUCGACCAUCACAUAAAGCCGUCAUGGCGGAAUCACAGACCGGUUGCGAUCGCUUUGUUCUCGGAAUGGAUCUGGGCACCACAUCGGUGAAAGUGGUGCUGUUGGAAGCGCAGUCAAAGACAGUGACAGAGAGCAGGAGCUUCACUACAAACGCUGAUAUCAGCAGCAGCACACACACACAUGCCAAAGAGCAGGAUCCUGCACUUAUAAUUGCCGCUCUGGACCAGUGCAUGGCUGCUUUGCCUAAAGACAAGCUGAAAAAAGUCAAGUUCAUUGGAGUAUGUGGACAAAUGCAUGGCAUUGUGUUGUGGAAAUCUAACUCAGGCUGUGAAUGGCAGAGUAAAGAUGGCAUCACCAGAUUCAGUCCCAAAGAUGUCAGUCAGCUGAUCACAUGGCAGGACGGGCGCUGCGACUUUGACUUCCUGUCGGCUUUACCUAAACCAGAUUCACACCUGAGUGUGGCCACCGGCUUCGGCUGUGCCACGGUCUUCUGGUAUAUGAAACACAGGCCCGAGUUCCUGUCAGGCUUCAGUGAUGCAGGAACCAUUCAAGACUAUGUGGUUUCCAUGUUGUGCAGCCUUGACAAGUGUGUGAUGACUGGACAAAAUGCUGCCAGCUGGGGCUACUUCAACACAGCCACUAACCAAUGGAACACACACAUUCUGAAGGAUGCAGGUUUCCCUGUGCACCUCUUGCCUGUGCUGGUGGAUUCAGGACGUGUGGCUGGUCAUACUUCCUGUGAAUGGUACGGCAUUCCUGCUCACACAGCGGUCGGGGCGGCACUAGGAGACUUCCAGUGUAGUGUGUACUCCUGCAUAACUGACAGAGGACACGCAGUGUUGAAUAUGAGUACUUCAGCCCAGCUGACGUUCAGGAUGCCAGCUGAAUUCACCCCUACCAGUUCUCCAGACCCGCUCUCGCCCAUCGCUUAUUUCCCAUACUUUGAGGGAUCAUAUCUUGCGGUGGCCGCAUCACUUAAUGGAGGCAACGUUAUGGCCACCUUCGUCAGAAUGCUGGACUCAUGGAUGAAAGAAUUUGGACUGGAAGUAAGUGAGUCCAGCAUCUACUCUCAGCUCAUCCAUUCUGCUCUGGCCCAGCCGAAUACUGACCUAACCGUGACAUCAACACUACUAGGAGAGCGUCAUGCCCCAUCCAGCAGUGCCAGCGUCUCCCACAUCUCAUCCUCCAACCUGUCUCUGGGUCACGUGACCCGGGCUGUGUGCAGGGGUAUUAUUGAAAACCUGGCCACUAUGAUGCCCCCUCAGAGCCUGCGGGCCGCUGGCGUGCGCUGUAUUAUCGGCAGUGGCAGUGCUCUGUCAUGUAACGCAGUUCUGCAACAGGAAGUGGAGAGAGUAUUUCCAUUUCCUGUUGUCUAUGGAAAAGAUGUGGACUCAGCAGUUGGAGUUGCCAUGGUGAUCAGUGACCAAACAUGAAACAAGAACCAACCCUCAAGACUGUAAUGCUCUCUGGUAGGGCUACUUUUUUCUGGAUUCAAAUUCAUAAUUCCAAAAAUGUCAUAAUCCUUUUUAAAGGAUUGUUUACAAAAUUUCUUAAAAGUUGUUAAAUUUCUCACCCUCAGGUUAUCCAAGAUUCCUGUUUAUGUCUUCAGUAGAACAUUACAUUACAUAUUUAGCUGAAACUGUGGUCAGUAGCUAUGUUUCUAUCCACCUAUUUAAAAAAUUUGCAUAAAAUAUGCGCAUAAGUAAGUAUGAGAAACUUUUUAUUUAAUAAGAAAAGAUGCUCAUGAACUGCGAUUGAAACACUUUUACUAAACAUAUUCCAGUAUGAGCAUUAAAAAAGGUCUUGAGAUUUUAUUUUGAGAUCAUGUGAUAAUCAAAAUGUGUAUGAAUAGACAAACCAGCAGGCUGAGCACAUUGUAAAUAAUCUGAAAUGUUGGCUUAGUCAUUCAAAAACGCCUUACCGUUUAAGUAUUAGUGUCAUUAUAUUAUUAAUGACCUCCAGAAUAAUGAAGAGCAUCUGCUCUGCGUCUCACACCUUCAAACGCCACCAAAUGUUUAUGGCGUGUCAGGAUUUCCUUCUAAGGCACAGGUCAUUUAUUAAAUGAAGAAAAGAUUCACGCAGCUUCUCCUACUUCAGUAAAUUCUGUUUGUACUGUUAAUAUUUGGUGACAGUUAAUCAGGAAGUGAUGAUUUUUUCCGCUUUGUCUACUUGGAUGAAAACGCUGCUUUAUUCACAUGUCUUUUAUGCGAUAUUCCAGUUUUGUGCAUAAAGUUAAUUAGCAUUUUUGGAUGGAAACAUAUCUACUGGUGAUUCAUAAAAUCAACUCUAAUCACUUUGAGAGUAGAAAGCAUAUACAGGCAUACAGGGAAAACACUAAAUGAAUUCUUGUGGCUUCUAAUGAUAGAUUGAGGUCUUAUAAAGUGGAAGACUGUGAUCUGUCCAAAUGGUCCUAAGAACAUUAAUGGCUUGUUGUGCAUAAAAUAUAUGCAAUGGAAAAAUGUUUUUACUUUUUUACAGUAAAGAUGGAGGACGUGUGUUGUAAUAUUCAACAGAAUUACUUUUGUUUAAGCUGUAAAAAGAUUUUACUGACAGCAUCCGCUCACAUGUAAAUCAAAUAUUUCUCUCAUUUGUUCAAUGAUCUUUGAGCCAGGUUAUGAUAAACGUGGGCUCUUACAGGAUUUUGAUAACCUGGCUUGAAGAUUAUGACAAAAAAGAGGAAGAACAACUCGAAAUAUUAAGUCUAUGUGACCCAGAAGUUGCUGAGACUUUUUCAAUAUGACGAUGUACUUGGAGCUGAAUAUUGGGGGGCUAAGCUUUAUUUCUUUGCAUUAGUCCCUCAUGGCAAACUAAUGGUAAGAGAAUAUUGUAUAAUAAGCAUCAAACUGAUGUCAAAAGAGAUCUCUAAACACAGAAAUGGUCAAACUUUGAUUGAAGAUUACCAAAACAAAUGAGUUUUUUCAGUUAACUUAAUUAAUUGUUCACCAAAUGAAUAACAGUGUGCCCUAGCUAAAUAAACGUACAUUUUCAUUUUAAACAGA